AUGACGUCUCCAGCCAAAUUCAAAAAGGAUAAGGAGAUCAUAGCAGAGUACGAUACUCAGGUCAAAGAGAUCCGUGCUCAACUCACAGAGCAGAUGAAAUGUCUAGACCAGCAGUGUGAGCUCCGGGUACAGCUGUUGCAGGACCUCCAGGACUUCUUCCGUAAGAAGGCUGAGAUCGAGAUGGACUACUCCCGCAACCUGGAGAAGCUGGCAGAGCGCUUCCUGGCCAAGACGAGGAGCACCAAGGACCAGCAGUUCAAGAAGGAUCAGAAUGUUCUCUCUCCAGUCAACUGCUGGAAUCUCCUCUUAAACCAGGUGAAGCGGGAGAGCAGGGACCACACCACGCUGAGUGACAUCUACCUGAAUAAUAUCAUUCCUCGAUUUGUCCAAGUCAGCGAAGACUCAGGAAGACUCUUUAAAAAGAGUAAAGAAGUCGGCCAGCAGCUCCAAGAUGAUCUAAUGAAGGUCCUGAAUGAGCUCUACUCGGUCAUGAAGACAUAUCACAUGUACAAUGCCGACAGCAUCAGUGCUCAGAGCAAGCUAAAGGAGGCGGAGAAGCAGGAGGAGAAGCAAAUUGGAAAAUCUGUGAAGCAGGAGGACCGGCAGACCCCACGCUCCCCUGACUCGACGUCCAACGUCCGCAUUGAGGAGAAGCAUGUCCGGAGGAGCUCGGUGAAGAAGAUCGAGAAGAUGAAGGAGAAGCGCCAAGCCAAGUAUACGGAAAAUAAGCUGAAGGCCAUUAAAGCCCGGAAUGAGUACUUACUGGCCUUGGAAGCCACCAAUGCCUCUGUCUUCAAGUACUACAUCCACGACCUGUCUGACCUUAUUGAUCAGUGCUGUGACUUAGGAUACCACGCCAGCCUGAACCGCGCGCUGCGCACCUUCCUCUCUGCCGAGCUGAACCUGGAACAGUCGAAGCACGAGGGUCUGGACGCCAUCGAGAACGCUGUAGAAAACCUGGACGCCACCAGUGACAAGCAGCGCCUCAUGGAGAUGUACAACAACGUCUUCUGUCCGCCGAUGAAGUUUGAGUUCCAGCCCCACAUGGGAGACAUGGCAUCCCAGCUCUGUGCCCAGCAGCCCGUCCAGAGUGAGCUGGUACAGAGAUGCCAACAACUGCAGUCUCGCUUAUCCACGCUGAAGAUCGAGAAUGAAGAGGUAAAGAAGACGAUGGAGGCCACUCUGCAGACCAUCCAGGACAUUGUGACCGUCGAGGAUUUCGAUGUCUCUGAUUGCUUCCAGUACAGCAACUCUAUGGAAUCCGUCAAGUCCACGGUCUCAGAAACUUUCAUGAGCAAACCCAGCAUCGCCAAAAGGAGGGCCAACCAGCAGGAGACGGAGCAGUUCUACUUCACGAAAAUGAAGGAGUACCUGGAGGGCAGGAACCUCAUCACCAAGCUACAAGCCAAGCACGACCUUCUCCAGAAAACCCUGGGAGAGAGUCAGCGGACAGACUGCAGUCUGGCCAGGCGUAGCUCAACGGUGAGGAAACAGGAUUCCAGCCAGGCAAUUCCUCUGGUGGUAGAAAGCUGUAUCCGGUUUAUCAGCAGACACGGGCUCCAGCAUGAAGGAAUUUUCCGGGUGUCAGGAUCCCAGGUGGAAGUGAAUGACAUCAAAAAUGCCUUUGAGAGGGGAGAGGACCCCCUGGCUGGGGACCAGAAUGACCACGACAUGGACUCCAUAGCCGGCGUCCUGAAGCUGUACUUCCGGGGGCUGGAGCACCCGCUCUUCCCCAAGGACAUCUUCCACGACCUGAUGGCCUGCGUCACAAUGGACAGCCUGCAGGAGCGAGCUCUGCACAUCCGGAAGGUCCUCCUGGCCCUCCCCAAAACCACUCUGAUUGUCAUGAGAUACCUCUUUGCCUUCCUCAAUCAUUUAUCACAGUUCAGUGAAGAGAACAUGAUGGACCCCUACAACCUCGCCAUCUGCUUCGGGCCCUCACUGAUGUCGGUGCCUGAGGGCCACGACCAGGUGUCCUGCCAAGCGCACGUGAACGAGCUGAUCAAAACCAUCAUCAUCCAACACGAGAAUGUCUUCCCCAACCCCCGGGAGCUGGAGGGCCCCGUCUACAGCAGAGGAGGGAGCACGGAGGAUUACUGUGACAGCCCUCACGGAGAGACUACCUCGGCUGAAGACUCAACCCAGGAUGUGACCACAGAGCACCACACCAGUGAUGACGAGUGUGAGCCCAUCGAGGCCAUUGCCAAGUUUGACUAUGUGGGCCGCACAGCCCGAGAGCUGUCCUUCAAGAAGGGGGCAUCUUUGCUGCUUUACCAGCGGGCUUCCGACGACUGGUGGGAAGGCCGGCACAACGGCAUCGACGGUCUCAUCCCCCAUCAGUACAUCGUGGUCCAAGACACCGAGGACGGUGUCGUGGAGAGGUCCAGCCCCAAGUCUGAGAUUGAGGUCAUUUCUGAGCCACCUGAAGAAAAGGUGACAGCCAGAGCGGGGGCCAGCUGUCCCAGUGGGGGUCAUGUAGCCGAUAUUUAUCUUGCAAACAUCAACAAGCAAAGGAAGCGGCCAGAAUCUGGGAGCAUCCGGAAAACGUUUCGGAGCGAUGGCCACGGGCUGAGCAGUUCCCUGACUGAUUCCGCCUCCCCGGGGGUGGGGGCUAGCUGCCGCCCGUCUUCCCAGCCCAUCCUGAGCCAGAGCCUCCCCAAGGAAGGGCCGGAUAAGUGUUCCAUCAGUGGGCAUGGAAGCCUCAACUCCAUCAGCCGCCACUCGUCGCUGAAGAAUCGGCUGGACAGUCCACAGAUCCGGAAGACAGUGACAGCAGGAAGGUCAAAAAGCUUCAAUAACCACCGGCCCAUGGACCCUGAGGUCAUUGCACAGGAUAUUGAGGCAACCAUGAACUCUGCCCUGAAUGAGCUGCGGGAGCUGGAGCGGCAGAGCAGCGUCAAGCACGCGCCGGACGUGGUUCUGGACACCUUGGAGCCCCUCAAGACCUCCCCCGUGGUGGCACCCACUUCGGAGCCCUCCAGCCCGCUGCACGCCCAGCUGCUCAAGGACCCCGAGCCGGCCUUCCAGCGCAGCGCCAGCACAGCGGGGGACAUCGCCUGCGCCUUCCGGCCCGUCAAGUCUGUCAAGAUGGCGGCGCCGCUCAAGCCUCCGGCCACGCGGCCCAAGCCCGCCGUCUUCCCCAAAACGAACGCCACCAGCCCGGGCGUCGGCUCCUCCGCCUCCCCACAGUCCGCUGACAAGUCUUGUACUGUCUGA